AUGGCGGAGAAUACUGGUGGGACAAAUGCAAAAGUCAACAAACUUGCUCAGUAUUUCCGGAUCUUACCGUGUCCCUACACGCAACAGAUAUUCUGCUACGCAGCUACCAUUCUCAAGUGGUUUAAACUGGAAAAGGAUAGACAAGAAGCUCUCGCUGCUGCUCUCGAAGCAGCCAAGCAGCAAAAAGCCACCCUGCGCCCGCAAGAUGAGACACCGGUUGAAGGGGAGGGCGAUGAACAGCAGCAACAGCAGGCACCAGCA